UGAGGGAGGCGAGGCCCCGCCCCCUGCCGGGGUCUCUGUGGAGCCGCGGACGCGCCUGCUUUGAGCAUCUCUGGUCUGCUAGGCGAGAGGCCUUGGGGCUGCGGCUCCCGCCGCCGCCGCGGCUCGGUCCGACCUCGACAUGGCCAGCUCCGGAGAGGACACGCCCAGCGAUGGCGACGCACCCCCCGCCGGGGCCGAGGUGCCGGCCGGCGCCCACCUGCUGGGCUUCUCGGACGAGAUCCUGCUGCACAUCCUGAGCCACGUCCCCAGCACGGACCUGGUGGUGAACGUCCGGCGCACCUGCCGGAAGCUGGCGGCGCUGUGCCUGGACAAGAGCCUCACCCACACCGUGCUGCUGCAGAAGGACUACGAGGCCAGCGAGGACAAGGUGAAGCAGCUGGUGAAGGAGAUCGGCCGGGAGAUCCAGCAGCUCAACAUGGCCGGCUGCUACUGGCUGUCGGGCUCCACGGUCGAGCACGUGGCCCGCUGCCGCAGCCUGGUGAAGGUGAACCUCUCCGGCUGCCACCUGACCUCCCUGCGCCUCUCCAAGAUGCUGUCGGCCCUGCAGCACCUGCGCUCCCUGGCCAUCGACGUGAGCCCCGGCUUCGACGCCAGCCAGCUGAGCGGAGAGUGCAAGGCCACGCUGAGCCGCGUGCGGGAGCUCAAGCAGACGCUGUUCACGCCCUCGUACGGGGUGGUGCCCUGCUGCACCAGCCUGGAGAAGCUGCUGCUCUACUUCGAGAUCCUGGACCGCACGCGCGAGGGUGCCAUCCUCUCGGGCCAGCUCAUGGUGGGCCAGAGCAACGUGCCCCACUACCAGAGCCUGCGGGUCUUCUACGCCCGCCUGGCGCCCGGCUACAUCAACCAGGAGGUGGUGCGGCUCUACCUGGCCGUGCUCAGCGACCGCACGCCCGAGAACCUGCACGCCUUCCUCAUCUCCGUGCCCGGCAGCUUCGCUGAGAGCGGGGCCACCAAGAACCUGCUGGACUCCAUGGCCCGCAACGUCGCGCUGGACGCCCUGCAGCUGCCCAAGUCCUGGCUCAACGGCUCGUCCCUCCUGCAGCACAUGAAGUUCAACAACCCCUUCUACUUCAGCUUCAGCCGGUGCACGCUGUCUGGCGGCCACCUGAUCCAGCGCGUCAUCAACGGCGGCAAGGACCUCCGCAGCCUGGCCAGCCUGAACCUCAGCGGCUGCGUCCACUGCCUGUCCCCGGACUCGCUGCCGCGCAAGGCGGAGGACGACAUCGACAGCGGCAUCCUGGAGACGCUGGUGGCGGCCUGCGGCAACCUGCGGCACCUGAACCUCUCGGCCGCCCACCACCACAGCGCCGAGGGCCCCGGCCGGCACCUGUGCCAGCUGCUGGCCCGGCUGCACCGCCUGCGCUCCCUGGCCCUGCCCGUCUGCUCCGUGGCCGACUCCGCACCGUGGGCCGGCUGCAAGCCCGCCCAGCCCGCCAUGCACGCGGUGCCCUGCGGCUUCGGCAAGAAGGUGCGCAUCGGCGUGCAGGCGAGCCCCAGCCCCUUCUCGGGGCAGGCGGGCCCCCCGCCGUCCUCCGUGUUCUGGUCUCUGCUGAGGAGCCUGCCCUUCCUGGAGCGCCUUGAGCUGAUCGGGUCCAACUUCUCCUCCGCCAUGCCGCGCAACGAGCCCGCCAUCCGCAACUCCCUCCCGCCCUGCAGCCGGGCGCAGAGCGUCGGGGACUCGGAGGUGGCCGCCAUCGGCCAGCUGGCCUUCCUGAGGCACCUGACGCUGGCGCAGCUGCCCAGCAUCCUGACGGGCUCCGGGCUGGUCAGCAUCGGCCUGCAGUGCCAGCAGCUGCAGUCCCUCUCGCUGGCCAACCUGGGCAUGAUGGGGAAGGUGGUCUACAUGUCCGCCCUCUCGGACAUGCUGAGGCACUGCAGGCGGCUGAAGGACCUCAGGCUGGAGCAGCCCUACUUCAGCGCCAACGCCCAGUUCUUCCAGGCGCUGAGCCAGUGCUCCACGCUGCAGCGGCUGUGCCUGGUCUCCCGCAGCGGCACCCUGCAGCCUGAGGCCGUGCUGGCCUUCAUGGCCCGCUGCCUGCACGUCGUCGUGUGCCACAUGUUUACCGGCGAGUCCCUGGCCACCUGCAGGAGCCUGCAGCAGACCCUCCUCCGGAGUUUCCAGGCCGAGCGGCCCGCGCUGAACGUCGUCAUCUUCCCCCUGCUGCACGAGGGCCUGGCCGACGUCAUCCGCGACGUCCCCAUGGUGCACCUGGACGAGAUCACCCUGUUCAAGAGCCGAGUGGCCGAGGAGCCGCCCAACCUGUGGUGGUGAGGGGUGGCCAGCACCCUGCCGAGCCCCUCCCGGGCCAUCUCCGAUGCCCCCCGCCUCGCCUGCCGGACACCGGGACCCCUGGGUGGGUCACAGGAGGAAAGGAGGCCUCUCCCUGGCCCCCCGGCCCCCCAGGGCUUCCAACGCUUCCUCCUGCUUCCUCCAGUGAGGACUCCUCGCUCAGUGGACCGUGGGCUGAGACGAUGCGAGGCGGACAGGCAGGGCGAGCGGGUGGCGGCCUCUCUCAGACCCGGCCGAGGGUGGUUUUGAACUGAGACGCAGACCGCCAUGCCCUGGCUCCCUGGGGCUCCGGCCCGGUCCCCGGAGCGCCGUCUGGCCCUCGCUGCCCCUCACUCCGACCCCCAGGAGUGUCCCUCUGCUCACGUGUCCCUGACCACCUGCCACCAGGCGGCACGGAGGGGUGGCCUGAGGCCCAGGGCUGGGGGAGGCUGUGCCUGUGGGUGGGUGUGCUCCCCCGUGAGAUGCGCGGCCCCUCCGGUCAGCAGCGCCGCAGCGAGGAGCUUGGAAGUCUUGUGGCUACAGGCUUGGGGGCUGUCUUUCCCAGUAAGACAUGCGUGCACCCAGCUGCGUCUCCGGUGUUUCCUGCCAGCCGACAUCGGACCAGGUCCAGGAGGUGCUGGGCGGUGCCCAGGGGAGAGGGGGGCCUCCCCCGCGGCCGCAGUUCCCUGUGGAGGUCCGUGCUUCUGGGGCAGCGGACGGGCGGCUGCGUGGCAGGG